AUGAGUAUCUUGCGCACAAUUAUUCGUAAAUAUUCUAAAAUGGCCGACCCAGCAAGAGUUGUUAAGUUUUACGAUAUGCUUAAGUACAUUCAUGAGCCUACAAAAGUGAUCAUCGAUGUACGUAAUCCAGAUGAAUUUAAAGAAGGGAACAUUCCGACCAGUAAAAAUAUACCAGUGGGAGUUAUACGUGAAGCUCUUUCAAUGACAGAGGAAGUGUUCAAGAAAACUUACCUAAACGAGAAACCUUUAGAAUCAGCGGAGAUAAUAUUCUACUGUAAAUCAGGAAAGCGAGCGACAGUGGCUUUGGAGCAUGCAUUAGAACUUGGGUAUUCAAAGUCUAAAGUGUACAUUGGGAGCUAUGAUGACUGGUCCACCCAUUAA